AUGAGCGCUCUAUACCAACAAACCGGCGAAGUUACGCAAUCUUCCGGCUCCUUUUUGGCCUCUGCUCCUGUUGAGCUACUUACGGUAAAGGGUUACGACGAGUUUCUUGCCAAACAAAAAAAGCAUAAUAUCGACGUUACCACUGUGUUGAACGAGGACAAGAGCUGUGCAUAUGUGAUGAGAGACACUGAGGUGGUAGCAACUGUUGGGGAAGAAGCCUUGGACCACUUGCUAUCUCAGAUCGAAGUUUGA